AUGAUGGGAACGGCACCGCUGGCAAGCACACCGGCGGAGGCGGAGUCCGUGGAGGUGUACCGGCGUUACCCACCACCGGAGAUUCUCCAGCUCGCCGCCCGGCCACGAGCGAGCCCCGCGCCGCCUUUGUGUUCCGCCUCCUCAGCGGAUCCCGUUACACCGCGCCAUCGCAGUCCAGCCGCCUCGCCGCCCCCCUCCGCCGCCUCGCCUUCUUCGUCUUCGCAACCUGCCGAGGCAUUCCAAAACAAGGACGAUGGCGCACACGUGCGCGUCGACGAGCGCGCAGCGGCUGAGUGCGGCGAGAACCAAACAGGAAAGCACAAGCCCACGUCGCACGUCUCCGUGCGGCUGCGGUGGGGCGUUGAGGCGGACGACCUACGCCGUGUGUAUGAGCUGCACGAAGAUGCCUUCCCCCUGAGCUACGAGCCCGCCUAUUAUGAGCACCUGCUGAACCACGAUACGUGGAUGGGGCUGGUGGCGACGGUGACGCCGAAGGCGUAUACGCAGUGGGUGGACAGAGCGGCCACGGAGGAGGUGGAAGAAGGCGAAGAAGAGGAAACAAAGAAGGCUGGCGAUGACGUGCCCUUGGCGUGGUUUCCAGGCUACACACCCUCGCCUGCGGAGGCGGCGACUGGCCCACGUCCGGUGCCGCCGUCAGCCUCGCAGCGGCCGCUGACGGUAGAGAUGUGUAACGAGCGAGCGCAGGUGGACAGCAUGCUGACGGAGUUGGAGUACAUUGCACACCGCCGGCAGCGCGCCGAGGCAAAGACUGCGGAGAAGACUCAAAGCUACGGCAGCAGCGGCAGUCGUUCGGAGGACAAGAAAAAUACUCCGGAGGAUGACGACAGUGCGUACACGGAAGUUGUCGGCUUCAUUCUGGGCCAGUGUGGCUACGCCCGCCACGACGACGGCCACCUCUUCACCAACCCCACCUCCUACAUCGGCUCCUUCGUCGUCGACCCGCGCUUUCAGUGCUGCGGACUUGGCAGCGCGUUGCUGCAGCGGUAUCUGAUCUACGCCACGCAGCAGCGUCCCCUCUACGCACAGGACUACUUGCACUACGAUGAACGAAAGCUGAUCGCCAUGCUGGUCCAGGCACAACUGAAGAAGCGCAGCGGCUCUCCGUCAACCGCAGACGCAAACGGCAACCACAGCCACAACGGCAGUGGCAGUAAGGGCGAUAACGUCGCCGCUGCAGCUAAGUAUGCAACGUCGGGUCCUUCAUCCGCAUCAGCACCGUCCCCACUGCCGUCCCUGUUCUACCAACUUGUCUCCGCCUACCUCCCGGAGACGCUGGCCUGGUGGGAGGACCGGCAGACCCGUCAGCGGCUGCGGGAGCGCGGUCUCUCCGAGGACCAAAUCGAUGCCCAGCGCUUUCGUGAUCUGCUGGCGCCGGACGUGCUGACGGACGAGGAGGCCGACGAGGUGCGCCGUGACGCACGUCGCUUUGUGGUGCAGACCGGCACGCGGGAGGUGUGGCUACACUGUCUGCCUGGAAAUGCGAAGGCGAAUCUGCUGUAUGCCCGCCGCGGCUUCCGGCUACAUCGCCUAUUGAGGGACUACUACAAUGUAGACGAGGAGAAGUACGAUGCGUAUUUGUUGAUGUACGUCUCCCCAGCGGUGGUGGUAGGGACCGAUGAUGGACUCGUCGGGGCUACGCAACACCCACUUGCCGUUGCUGGUGCUGCUGCUAUGGGUGCUGAAAUGGAUUCUGUGAUGCAGCAGCAGGACUCGGAAGGUUUAGCACAACUCAACAAUACCAUUAGUGCUUCCGCCGCCGCCGUAGUAGUCGGUGAAGGAAUGCGCCGGCGCUACACGAAUCGUACCACCGCGGGCAGCCCGGAGCAAGCGGCGACCGCUAAUGACAGCGGUGCUCCUUUGCCCUUCACGGAUCCCACCGCCGGAAUUGCCGUGGCUGCGGUCCACCGCGAUGCUUCUUCCGCCUCUUCUCUACCGCCUGCUGAUAGUAGUGUGGAGAGCAACACGGAUGCAGUGUGGAAGACACCUGCAGUUUUUUCCAGCAACCCUUCUGUUUCUGCUGCUGCUGCACCGUCAAGCGGUACGCGCCGCUCCCUCGGCAACGCGUCCUGGCUGACCCCACGCACCUACCCCGUCGUGGCGGACAUUAUCUUGUGCACUGCCGCGGAGGGACAGGCGGAGUGGCGGCGACGCGUUGGUGGCUCCGGGGAUGUGACGGGGCAGCGUUCGUGGUGGGAGACGGGCCGUGAGGUGGUGUUCUUGGCGAACGCCAUCGGUUUGUUCUGCGCGGUGCUGUGGCUUACCUACAACGUGGGCGUGACGGGGAAGGUUGAGUAG